AGUGGGUAGAAGAACCAGCUGUGCAGUAUCCAGACCCUUCCCUCGGAGACCUAAUCAGUAAAAUGGCGGGUGGACUCGGGGAUGCCCGAAGACUUUUCCGGACCACGAUUUUCCGAUGCUGGACACAUAUUUAAACACCAAGGAAUCGACUUGAGACUUUUAUGAGCAAACUUGGGUGGAAAUGGACAGAAACUGCCUCCCUACCCACUUGCAGAGGAUUACAUCGCCCUAUCAGGCAGGCGAUUGCUUCAAACAGGCGCCCUCCAAGGGCGUAAACUAGAGGGGCCCCGGCAGGCGGCUUCCCGGACUUAGACCCUCCUACCGCGCGGGUAGAGGAAGUCCUUCAGCUCAGGCACAAACCCUGGGCGCCCCCCACAGUCUUCUACUCCGGCGCCAGUCAGGUUGUGGGGUGGGGGCGGCGGAGAGCGCAGGCGCAGAGUCCGCGCCGGCGGCGCCCCUCUCGCUCAGCACGCCUCCGGGCAGCGCCCGCCUAGCUUUUCCCCGGCGAGCGCACGCCCGCCUCAGUCGCCUCCCGGGCUCCGUGCGCACCUUCCUCGCCUCGACACGCAGAAUUGAUUAUCUGAAGAAAUGGAUACGUCUCCCUCCAAAAAAUAUCCAGUUAAAAAACGGGUGAAAAUACAUCCUAACACAGUGAUGGUGAAAUAUACUUCUCAUUAUCCCCAGCCUGGGGAUGAUGGAUAUGAAGAAAUCAAUGAAGACUAUGGAAAUUUUAUGGGAGAAAAUCCAAAGAAAGGUCUGCUGAGUGAAAUGAAAAGAAAAGGAAGAACUUUCUUUGGAACCAUGGAUACCCUACCUCCACCAACAGAAGACCCGGUGGUCAAUGAGAUUGGACAGUUCCAGAGCUUUGCAGAAAAAAAUAUUUUUCAAUCCCGAAAAAUGUGGAUAGUGCUGUUUGGAUCUGCUUUGGCUCAUGGAUGUGUAGCUCUUAUCACUAGGCUUGUUUCUGAUCGUUCUAAAGUUCCAUCUCUAGAACUGAUUUUUAUCCGUUCUGUUUUGCAGGUCUUAUCUGUGUUAGUUGUGUGUUACUAUCAGGAGGACCCCUUUGGACCCAGUGGAUACAGAUUACGACUCUUCUUUUAUGGUGUAUGCAAUGUCAUUUCUAUCACCUGUGCUUAUACAUCAUUUUCAAUAGUUCCUCCCAGCAAUGGGACCACUAUGUGGAGAGCCACAACCACAGUCUUCAGUGCCAUUUUGGCUUUUCUACUUGUAGAUGAGAAAAUGGCUUAUGUUGACAUGGCUACAGUUGUUUGCAGCAUCUUGGGUGUUUGUCUUGUCAUGAUCCCCAACAUUGUUGAUGAAGACAAUUCUUUGUUAAAUGCCUGGAAAGAAGCCUUUGGGUACACCAUGACUGUGAUGGCUGGACUGACUACUGCUCUUUCUAUGAUAGUAUAUAGAUCCAUCAGGGAGAAGAUCAGCAUGUGGACUGCACUGUUUACCUUUGGUUGGACUGGGACAAUUUGGGGAAUAUCUACUAUGUUUGUUCUUCAAGAACCCAUCAUUCCAUUAGAUGGAGAAACUUGGAGUUAUCUCAUUGCUAUAUGUGUCUGUUCUACUGCAGCAUUCUUAGGAGUGUAUUAUGCCUUGGACAAAUUCCAUCCAGCUUUGGUUAGCACAGUACAACAUUUGGAGAUUGUGGUAGCUAUGGUCUUGCAGCUUCUCGUGCUGCACAUAUUUCCUAGUGUCUAUGAUGUUUUUGGAGGAGUAGUCAUUAUGAUUAGUGUUUUUGUCCUUGCUGGCUAUAAACUUUACUGGAGAAAUUUAAGAAGGCAGGACUACCAGGAAAUAUUAGAUUCUCCCAUUAAAUGAAUACCUGAUUAUUAUUAUCUCAUUAAUGUUCAGUUAUUAAUAUGUAUACUGCCAUUUAAAUGUUUACCUAUUAAUGUCUUUUGUGUUAUAUAACUGAGAGUGCUAUACAAUAUAUAUAUAGAAAUGCAGAAAAGUUAUUCUAGUCUAAUAUAUUCAAAUACAAAUAUUAAAUAGAUGAAAUAUGUCAUGAA